AUGGAGAGACGUGUCAGAAUCUGGACAUUUGGACUUCUUGCUGGUGUCUUCAGCACGGCUACCAGUAUCCUGAACCUCAUCAUCGCCUUCAACAUCAUCAACAUCACUGUGCUACUGGCUUUACGGAUCCUACUCUUCGUCGCCUUUGGAAUUAGCUUACUGAAUCUCACCAACCUUGCCUACUUCUCCAUAUUCUACGUCAAGGAGCUCAACAGUCACUCACUUGGCUUGAAGUCCAAGACAUGGGGCCUUUUCACCGGAGGUACAUUUGCCGCUACAGUGAGCAUCGCCGUCCCCGGCGUAGCACUGAUUUGGAUGGUUCUAAGACGCCACGAUCUUCCUCAGCGGAUCUUGCAUACCGAUCCUCUCACGUUGAUCGGGGUUAGCCUUGGGACAUGGGCUGUCUCCGCCAUUGCGCAGGCUGUACUCUAUUGUCUACUCUGGUUCUGGACCAAGAGCGUGCUCAGAACGCGACGGGCCAGCAGAAUGGACCUGGACUUCGGGAUCAGGAUACCAUCGGCGUCGAUGGCCAAGAGGCCCAGCACUCGACGCAAUGCGUCUUUCGGCUCGCAAGAUCCUACGGUGAACUCACCUCCGACAACACCCCUAUCAAGAGCCCUGUCUACUCCACGGAGGUCUUCCUCCACAAAGAUUGGCCAAAAGUCAUCGAGGAGCAAGCUCAUUCGGCAUUCUAAUCGGUCAUCAUAUGACGACAGUCCUUUUCCGGUGGGAGAGGCCAUCACGACUGACAGUGCAUUUGAUAACUGGGACACGUCUUCCGUCCAUUACGAGAUGCGGGCUGUCAUACACUCUUCACCCCCGGUUACACGAUCAGGUCUAGAGACGAUCCCAGGCAGCAGGCCAGAGUCUCCAGCCAAUGCUUUAGAUGGGCCAUUCCUCCCAGAAGCAAAUGUCUCCAGCUCGCCACAGGCACCAACCUCGGACUCGGCGACGAUGGUGGGAUGGAGCUCAUCUCCACGACAACUCAAAUCGUCGCCGCCCUCAAGUCCCCCCAACUUCUCGCGACCUACAUCUUUAUCAUACAAUAAAACGCCUCCUAGGCCUGAACGGUUCGAUCCUUCCAUGCACGAGUUGGUCCAUCCACUGUUCCGGCCGACUAGCCCUGGACCCCCUCCUAUUCCAUUGGGCGCGACGGCUGUGACUGUGUCACCAUUGGCAGACCAUCUGAACAGUCCACAAACGCUCAGUCGAUUGCGGAGUGGGUCAGUUCCGCCACAAGGACGUUGGAGAGCAAUGCUCAGUAUAAACCGAUCUGAGACUCAAAGCGCGGACGACCCGAUACCGGACAGUCCAACGCUGGGCAGUCCAGGCCCAUCUAUUGUCGAUGAUGAUGAGCUACCCCCCAUCCUCCCGGGGUUUGUACUCUCGGCUGGGUCGCGCACUAGCCUCAUGGUCUACGGGAAACGCAAAGGUCUUGGGCGGAAUCAAUCAAGCCCUCAAGCGUCAAAUUGGGAUCCUUUCGAUGGUCAUAUGAUCUGA